AUGGCUCCUCUCGCUCAGCUCUUCGUCUCCCCCCUUGCGGCUGCCGCCACGGCGGUGGCCAGACCAGUUGCCGCUGCCGUUGAGGGUGACGUCGAGUCUCUGGAAUACCGCGGCUCGCCGCAGUCGACUUCCUGCAGGCCCUCGGAUGUCAUGACCCGCAAGUCAUGGCACACACUAUCAAACAAGGAGAACAAGGCAUACCUGGACGCCGAGUCGGCGCACGUGUCGCUCACCGAGGUCGUGCACUACGCCGGCCAGUUCCUGCCGUACCACCCCCUGUCCGUGUUCGCGCACGAAGAGGCGCUGCGCAGGGAGUCGGACCGCGGUCGACUUCAUCAGCUGGGCGGGGCACAAGGUUACGGGGAGAGGUGCCUGGCCAAGGCGACGGGGCUCGGUUUUUGGGUGUGCGUCGAGGCGUCGCCGCACACAGCCGGCCACGCCGGCAUCGGUUUGCAGAUGACCAAACCCAUGUCCAGCCCCGGCAACCCGCUCUUCUACCUGCACCACGCCUACCUCGACAUGCUGUGGACUAAAUGCCGAGCCCAAAACCCGUCUCUACGCCUCACCGAGAUGGGUGGCCCCGACCCGAGCACCAUUCCGAAUGUGACUCGCCCGUACGAGGCCCCUGUGCCUAUCAUCAUCGGCGGCCCGGCCAACGUCACCACUCUCAACCACGUCCUGCAGAUGCACGGCCUGACCCGGGAUCGGCAUAUCCGCGAGAUCAUAAACACCAAGGGCUUCCUGUGCUACGGCUACGACCAGUGA